AAGGAAAGAAAAGAGAAUAUGGGGCACAUUGUACACCAAUUCAAGGCUCUGUUUUGGAAAAAUUGGCUCUGCCGUGUGAGGCAACCGGUCCUAUCUCUUGCUGAAAUACUGUGGCCAUGUGUGCUGUUCUUGAUUCUAGCUGCAAUCCGCUUCCAGGAACCCCCAAAAUACAAGGAAAACUGUUACUUAGAAGCUCGUGAUUUACCAGGUCGGGGCCUUUAUCCUUUCAUGCGAACCCUUUUCUGUAAUGUUGGUUCAAGAUGCAAGAAUACUAGUUACACAGCACAGGAAAACAACCACUUUCGCGCUCAAAGUGGUCCAGAGAAAGUCACUGGACCUGAUCUAGACUUCAUGAGAGAGAUAGAAGAACUUGCGAAGGAAUUUAUUGAUACUACAGAGAAAGCCAUGGCUUUAGAAAAACUGUGGGAAGAAAACUCAAAGUUUUCAGGGCUCCAUAACAUCACCACUUUUCUUUCUAUGGAUUUGAAUGAAGCAGAGAAAAUGAUUUCUAGAGCAGAAAAUCUGUACAAGCAACCAUAUUUCUGGAACUUUCUGCAUUCACUCCCUCGUCUUGAACUGAACAGCUUUUUUACAGAAGAUGAGUUAGCUUCCAUAGCAGAGUUUCUAAAGAUUAUUCAAAAUACCUUAGCAUCAUUUAAGGAUUUAGCUGUGAUGCCGUUAGGCCAAAAUUUCUAUGAAGUGGUGAAAAUAGCACUGAAUUUAACUGUUGCAUCAGUACAAGAUAGGAGCUUAGAAGGUUUUCAAUACAAUCUUUCUUUUGGAGAUGUUUUGUGGAAUCCACUUGCUGUGAAAGCAGAACUUGAAUCCAGGUUUGGUUUUGACGGUCCUCAUGUUGAGAAGCUGCUAAGUUAUACAGCACAAUUAACAAAGAUUCCCACAGGAGAGACACUGGAGCAGUUUGUGUGCUCUGCUCUGUCCAGUGUGCCAGAAGAUGAAGCAAACAAAGAGAAUAAUGGACAGGGCUGCAUUUCUGCACGGCAUGAGGCCAAACUGUACCUUGUUCAUGCUGUCAGCAAGCUCAGACUUUAUACACAGAAUGAUGAGCUGGUCUUAAAUAUUCAUAACAAUAGCAUUCUGUUAACAUUUCUUUAUGAGACUUCAAAAAAUAUGUUAUCUUUUCAAGUAUGGCAUGAUUUCCAAAAUAAGGAUCUAGUUUUUGAUUUUUUGUCUGAAACUUUUGACCUUCUCUGGAACCUCACCAGUAAGUCUCUGUGUGAAAAGUUACUAUUAUUUUACAACUACACAGAGUUUCAGGCCCAGUUUGUUGCACAGAAUGGAAAAAAAGAGAUGCAAGUGGUCUAUGGCACUCUGAGCAGCCUUAAAAUUUUAUUUAUAGAUGAAGAGCUCCAAACAGCGGCCUUUUGUUAUUUGGCUGAGUUUCUUGAUAUCUCUCAAGAAUGCCUGGUCAAUAAUGGGUGCACUGAUUUUUAUCUAGCAAAUAUUACUUCUGCAGAUCAUUCAGCAGAGGUUUAUGACUUACUUCUGCUUCCAUUGGACAGUGUCCUGUCUAAUCUAACAAACUUGGGAGAUAACAUAAGUGUGCCUUCUGCUUUGCACUGCACUUUUACAUGGCUUCAAAUGUGGACAGAGAUUUUUGAAGAAGCAUCUAAAAUCUUAAAUUUGAAUUCAACGUUUUUUGUGUGUCUAAGAAAUGAUUUGGCAAAUCUCUCCCAAAGUCUUCUAAAUGCAACUCAUGACCGGCUAUGCAAUAAUACAGCUAUGGAUAUUCUUGAGUCUACAAGAGAAGCAAUGAAGGUAUUAAAAGUUGUAUUUCAAGAAGGUGGCAAUUUAAAUGACUGGAAAGAUUUUGAGGCUUUCCUUGCUAGUCUUCAAAAUGUAUUUAACAAUGCAUUUGAUGUCACAAGCUUGCUUAAAGGCAACAGUUUAGAAAGUGUUUUAGAAAUGAUGGGAGUCGUGAUAACUGAAUUGCAGAAAUCUAUACUGAAGGUUGUUAAUGGGGAGUUUUUGAAUUCUUGGCUUGAUAUUUUCAUCUCAGGAGAAUCUGAGGGUGAAGAUAAGGGUGUUGGUGUAUUUUCCAUUGGAAAUUCCCUUUCUACUAUUCUCAAGCUCUCACAAAAGGAACUUGAAAUUAUUCUUACUGAGAUAAAUGACACAACUGCUUUUAUAAAAAGUGAUGAGCUCUAUGAUGUAGAAGAUGUGUUCAACCUCUUCUUUGAUGUCAUCAGCCUUAUGGAAAGAUUAGCCCAUGAAAACACUACAGAAGCACUACCUGAAAUAUAUGCUUUCAUACUGACUCAGGAAGAAAAAAUGCCAAUGUUUACUGAUGAGGAGUUCUCUAAUCAAGUAGAAGGUCUUCUAAUGUUAUUGGAGACACUGACAGACAUAUCUGAUAAACCUGCAGAGGUCUCUGAUUGUUUUUCUACAGCAUUCUGCUGGACUCUGACAACAGCAGCACCUCAGAAUGAUCCCACUGUCAAACCUUGUGACUUUGUGCAUAGCAAUUCUACUCUUAGUUAUAAUGCAGUCAUUGAAGUCAUUAAGGAGCUUAAACUCAUCACUCUGGAGGACAGUUUCUCUUGCUCUAAGGAAGACUUUCUGAUGGAUAUUUCUCUCAAUCUGACUUGCUUUUUUCAUCAGAUCAAGGAAUGGAACUCUAUUCUUUUGAAGUUUUCUGAGCUCUAUCAUGUAAAUGGCUCAGUUCUCAAAGAGCUGCUAGAUUUUUGGAAUGAGCUAUCCCUUUAUGCUGUGCCACUGCAUGUGAAUAAUACAUAUACAAUCAAUUGUUCCUCCACACCAAAGAGCCAAGUAGCUUUACAAAUCAUUGAAAUACUGGGCAGUGUUUCAGUGGUAGAAAUGGAGAUGGCCAAAGGUCUUCUGGAACAUCUUUAUGGUGGCCUAAGUUGGAACAGACAUUCAAGAACAUCACUUAAGGGUGUUCUUACUAAUGUUAAGAAUAUGACCAGUGAAGUUUCUCGACUCCUGAAUUCAGAUGCUGUCAUUUCUUUUCUUUCUGUAAUUCAGCCUCUAAUGACACUGUCAUCUGUUGGAAACCAGACAUACUCAAUGCUCAUGAUAAUAUCUGCUUUAAAUGAAAAUAGCAAUAUAUCUGAUAACUUUGAGAACUUCUGGUUUCCUAUAGUUACAAGCAUAGAAAAUUUAUUGGUGAAUUUUAGCGUUAAACAGUUACUUGUGGUGGUAGACCAAGGGUUUCAAUUACUAAAGUUAGUGACUGGACAGUCCUCUUCAGUGGCUCCUGAUGUUUUAAUACAGUGGUUUAAGACAUCAUCUGUAGAUGCUAUAUUAAGAAAUUUUGAAGAUAUGCAAGGCAUUGUGAAGAGCUUUCUAUGCGAGUGUAACAAUAAAAAUUAUACUAAAAUAAUACAUGCUCUAAUUCUCCUUAUGACUAAUGAAAGUUCAUCAAAUGACCUACUGCUGGCUGUCAAAGACAUUAUUCAGUUUCUGGAACUUUUCCAAAAUAAGUCUAAGGAAGACUACACUGGUAUGUUGUUUGGUGACGGUCAUCUCAGUGGAGAAAAACUGAAUCAUAGUCACUCUGCUACUUCAGUUUUGUUAAACGGUCUCCUUCAUAUGAUUGCUGAUCUUGCUGUUAUAAAAGAAGAAGCCUCGCAUACAAACAGUACUGAGCUUCAGAUAGUUGACUUCAUUGACUCAUUUUUUUAUAACGCACAAUAUGGAGAAGCUUCUACUCAGUCCCAAAACAGAACUCUGGAGAUCAUGCAAGAGAUUUUGCAAGUGAUAUUUCAGUCUACUGCAGAGCAUGACAGGAACAAAAUAAGACUAUUACUAAAGGAUUUGCAUAAGGAUGUAAUGGCAGAAAUGAGAGCAUCUAAAAUCUGCAAGAUUCUUCAGGAACAUUUGUACCCUGAUAGUGUUCUACUAUUGCAGAAAUUGCAGUUUACCAUUUUGAGUAUUCUCAAAAUCUUUUCAGAAGAACCAGUUGUCUUUGGCAACAUUUUCUGUGUCAUUACAAAGUGUAAAGAUGGAUUAACAAGUCACUUGCUCCCUGCUAUCAUUGAAGGGAUCACUGUGGUUCAAGAUCAUUAUCAGGAUGUUGAAAGAUUGUGGCCUACUUUCAACAAGGGGGAUUGCAAGAGUAUGGCAUAUAUAAACCAAAACCUUUCCCAUACUUUGGAGACCUUCCAGGAACCCUUGCAGAAUACCAGAAAUGACAGCUGUGAAUGUCAGCUAAUGUUGGGGAACAUACAGAGACAACUGCAAAUGUUGGCUGAAAAUUUGGAGCUACGAUUGUCAGAAAAUCCAGCAGGUGCUCUUCUCAGCAAUUUAAAUCUCUUGAAUGAUGUGAAAGUCAAAGAGUAUGUGCAGAAUCUUACUCAGCUGAGGCUAGACAUUGGUUCUUCUGUCAAUAUUUCAGAAGAAACUGUCAAUACCAUCUUGGAAGCCAGUGUCUCUCAUUCAAAGGUUUUUUACAGUGCCUUUGUGGUAGCUUUAACUGGAAGAUGUGAUGAAGAAGUACUUAGCCUGCUGCUAAAGCUGCCUGAAAACAGUAAAACUUCCCUGGUAGUGGAAGAAUUAUGUUCCUUACCAGCACUGGACUUGUAUACCAUGUUUGUGCUGAUUAUACAGAAUUUAAACUUACGUCACAUCAUUUACAAGAUCCAGAUACCACCUGAGAUAGGCAAUGUGCUAAAUAUGCUACUGGAUGUGGUUUCUAGUAUCAGCUCACUUCUUGAUAAAGUCCACCAUGUCAUGGAAAAGCUUCCAGUGUUCCUCCAAGGAAUUAAAAAUAUUGGUGUGCUUGACAUCUCUGCAUUGCAGCAGUUUUUGCAAGGUGGGCAGUUCAGAAGUUCAGCUGUUGGAUCCCUGGAGUCUGUAAUCAAGGCAGUGUGUAAAGAAGAAUCUUCAUUUUUCAGCAAUGCAAACCUGUUCAUUGACAUGCCCAGAGACAUGGGACUCUUGGAAGACAAUAUGGCAAAAUAUGGCAUUCCUGAAGAUUCAACUCCUUUUUGCUUGAAGCUUUAUCAAGAGAUUUUGCAGUCUCCUAAUGGGGCUUUGCUAUGGACUUUCCUGAAACCUUUGUUACAUGGGAAGUUACUAUACAAUUCAAAUAUCAACAUGAUUGACCUGGUGAUAGAGAAGGCUAAUUUCACUUUUGGUUUUGUGGAACACUUGAAGACUUAUUCUGAGACAUGGCUUAGGAUGUCUGAGAUUUUUAAAACCAGUGGAAAUGUCCUCACAGUCUCACGACUGCAGGAAGCAUUGCAAAGCAAUUUCAUAAAGCACUUCAUAGAAAGUAAUUUGGAUAUUGACAUGGAAAAACUGCUAAAAAGAAUGCAAACAUAUGAAACCAUGAUGAACAGGAUGCUUAACAGCUCAGCAAGUAAACAGAUUGACCUGUUGUCACAGCUUGUAGUAAAUAUCUCUUCCUGUGUGUUACUGGACCGUUUCCAGCCUUUUGACUCUGUGGAAAAAUUGCAGGAGAAGGCUCAUGAACUCAUGCAGCAAAAUAAUCUUUUGGCUAGUAUCAUCUUCGAUACACCGAAGAACAAGAGGCAAGAUUCUAGUAAUGGCCUUCCUAGACACAUUUCAUAUACAAUUAGAACCAGUGUUCUCUAUAGCAUGAGAACAGAUUUGAUUAAAAACCCAACAUGGAAGUCCCAUCCCCAGAAGUUACCAGCUGAUGGGUUUAAAUACAACCAUGUCUUUAUUCCUCUUCAAGACAUGAUUGAAAGGGCAAUUAUUUCAGCACAGACUGGGAUAGAUACCUCAGAGACAGCCAUUCAGGUGCAAGCCAUGCCUUACCCUUGUCAUACCAGUGAUCUAUUCUUGAACAAUAUAGGGUUUUUCUUCCCACUUAUGAUGAUGUUAACAUGGAUGGUUUCAGUUGCUGGUAUGGUUCGCAAGUUGGUUUAUGAAAGAGAAAUUCAUCUUGAAGAGUAUAUGAAGACAAUGGGUGUACAUCCAGCCAUUCAUUUCUUUGCUUGGUUUCUUGAGAAUGUCAUUGUACUCACAAUAAGCAGCUCUACUCUGGCCAUCAUUUUAAAAGCAAGUGGUAUCUUUGCUUAUAGCAAUGGCUUCCUCAUCUUCCUUUUUCUCCUGGAAUUUGGAGUCACAGUUAUUAUGCUAAGCUAUUUCUUGGGAGUGUUUUUUACCAGUGCCGAUACAGCAGCUCUGUGUGCCAGCCUUGUCUAUAUGAUCAGUUUUUUACCCUACAUAGUUUUGUUGGUCUUGCAGAACCAGCUGAGUUUCAUCAGCAAGAUUAUAAUGUGUCUUCUUUCUACAACUGCCUUUGGGCAAGGAAUAUUUUUCAUUACACACUUUGAGGGCCAAGAAAUAGGAAUUCAGUGGAAUAAUAUGCACCAGUCAAUGGCACAAGGAGGAUGCAUGACCUUCGGAUGGAUGUGCUGGAUGAUGUUCUUUGACUCCAUUUUGUAUUCUAUAGGUGGCUGGUAUUUCAGCAAUAUUAUUCCUGGAAAAUUUGGUUCAAAACACCGAUGGUACUUUCCCUUUACUGUUUCCUACUGGAAGAACCUGUGUGGUGCAGAGAGGAGCAAGAGACAUUAUCUGAAUUCUAAUAUGUUUUUCUUCAAUGAAAACUUCCAAGAAAAAGAACCAGCACCUCAAAAUUGGAAAGGCCCUUGCACUGAAGGAGCCACCAUUGGUGUUGUGCUGCUGUCUCUCACCAAAGAGCACAUGGAUGGCCAGAACGUGGCUGUUAAAGAUCUCAGCCUCACUUUCCACAGAGGGCAGAUAACAGCGCUCUUAGGACCUAAUGGAGCUGGCAAGACAACAGUUAUAUCACUGUUAACCGGUCUGUAUCCACCGAGCUCUGGUACCAUUAUUAUUGAUGGAAAGGACAUACGUACUGAUUUGGCUGCCAUCAGGACAGAGCUGGGUGUUUGCCCACAGUAUGAUGUGCUGUUUAACACACUUACGGUGCGAGAGCAUCUACUGCUUUAUGGAUCAGUGAAGGCACCCAGAUGGACGAAAGAACAGUUGAAUGAGCAAGUCAGUGGAGCUCUGGAAGAUGUGAAUUUAUCCCAACAUCAGUACAAACCUGUUGGAGCUCUUUCUGGGGGAAUGAAAAGGAGACUGUCAAUUGCCAUCUCCUUUAUUGGAAACUCAAAGACAGUUGUUCUAGAUGAGCCCACCAGUGGAGUAGAUCCAUGUUCUCGCCGUGGUAUCUGGGAUGUUCUUCUGAAGUACAAAGCUGGUUGCACACUGAUCUUUACCACUCACCACCUCGAUGAGGCAGAGGUGCUCAGUGAUCACAUUGCCAUUCUGCAGCGUGGCCAGCUGAGGUGCUGUGGUUCUCCCUCUUAUCUGAGAGAAACAUACGGUCAGGGACACAGUCUAACGCUCAUAAAAAAGCCCUCUAUGUUUGAAAUCCAGGAUCCUAAGCAUAUUGUUCGGGUCACAUCUCUGGUACAGACCCAUAUUCCAGAAGCCUUCUUGAAAGAGAACAGUGGGACUGAACUGACCUAUGUGAUUCCAGAAAGGGCAGAUAAGGCCUCUUUUAAAGGUCUUUUUCAAGCUUUAGAUCAAAGCCUUCAGCAUCUACAUGUGACUGGCUAUGGCAUUUCUGACACAACUUUGGAAGAGGUGUUUCUGAAGCUUCUGCAAGACUCAGAGAAGAUGCCCUGCAUUCCACAGGCAGCACACCAGGACCAUAAAAAUGGUAUUGAAUCAGUCUAUAUCUCACUUACAAGGGCUGCAAGUGUGUGUGGAGCCCAUCUUGUUCUCCCACAGAGUGUUGCUCUUCUGAUGAAAAGGUUUCACCACAUUAGGCGUGACUGGAGAGGAAGCCUCUCAAAUGUGCUGCUGCCUGUCCUCUUUGUUGCACUGGCAAUGGCCUUGUUUAGUGUGAAGCCACUGGCUAUUGAUUAUCCUUCUCUCAAGAUGACACCAAACCUUUAUGACAAUGCAGAAUCCUUCUUUAGCACUGAAGAUGAUAACUUAGAAAACCUUUCUGAAGUUCUACUGGGUUAUUUCUCUGACUGGAACCACACGUGCAUGCAUUCACGACGAAAAAAUAAUUCAUGUUGGCAGAUGGAAAAUAUGCCACCCCAGGACUCAUGUGGAUGUGUAGCUGGACAGGAGAUGUGCCCAAGUUUCAAUACCUCUGCUCCCUAUGUAAAGAACAAGAAAGGACAUAUUUUAUAUAAUCUUUCAGGGUUCCUUGUGGAGGAGUAUUUAGUGAGGCCUUCCAACAAAACAAGAUAUGGUGGUUGGUCUUUUGGAGGGAGGAAAGCACUUGAACUUCAAGAUACAAAACUGAAUAAAACCAGAUCUCAGACUCUGGCUAAGGUGUGGUAUAACCAAAAAGGUUUCCAUUUGCUGCCAUCCUACUUAAAUGAACUAAAUAACUUCAUUCUGUGGAUGAAUUUACCUCCUAAUGUGGAUUGGAGAGAGUAUGGGAUAACACUCUACAGCCAACCAUAUGGAGGAGCCUUGCUGGAUGAGGACAAAAUAAUGGAGAAUGUUCGUCAGUGUGGGGUAGCACUGUGUAUUAUGCUGGGGUUUUCUAUCCUUACCGCAUCCAUUGGAAGUACCAUAGUGAAAGACAGAGUAUCUGGCACAAAACGCUUGCAGCACAUCACAGGCCUGGGUUACAAAACUUAUUGGCUUGCUAACUUCUGCUGUGAUAUGCUAUUUUACAUGGUUCCAGUCACCCUGUGUAUUGGUGUUAUUAGUGCCUUCCAGCUAUCAGCCUUCACUUUCCGGAAGAACUUGGCAGCCACUGUUCUCCUGCUGAUACUCUUUGGAUAUGCAACUUUACCAUGGAUGUAUCUUGUAUCCAGAUUCUUCUCAAGUUCAGAUGUAGCUUUUAUUUCUUAUGUCUCCUUAAAUUUUGUGUUUGGCCUGUGUACCACGCUGGUGACUCUCUUACCUCGUCUGUUAGCUAUAAUUUCCAAAGUGCAGAGUUUUCAGAACAUCUACAAUAUCCUCAAAUGGGCAUUCAUCAUAUUCCCACAAUUCUGCUUAGGCCAAGGCUUAAUAGAGCUUUCGUACAAUCAGAUCAAGUUUGACCUCACCAGUAACUUUGGAAUAGAUUCAUAUGUGAGCCCAUUUGAGAUGGAUUUCCUGGGCUGGAUUUUUGUGGAAAUGGCUCUUCAGGGAACACUGCUACUUCUUUUACGUCUUUUCCUUCAUUGGGAUCUCCUCCAGAAGCAAAGGGGUCAUUGUUCAAUUAACAAGAUGGUCAGCCCAUCAGAAGAUGUUGAUGUAGAAAUGGAGCGACAGCGACUCUUUGGUGGAAGAACUGGCAAUGAUGUGCUACUUCUGUACAACCUCAGGAAAUGUUAUGGAGGUUUCAGUAAAAAGAACACAGCUGUGGAAAACAUAAGCUUGGGAAUACCAAAGGGAGAGUGUUUUGGACUCCUGGGAACAAAUGGAGCUGGAAAAAGCACAACAUUUAAGAUGCUGACUGGAGAUAUCAUCCCAUCUGCAGGACGUGCUGUUAUUCGGACUCCUACUGGGUCUGAAAUGGAUAUACUGUCUGCUAGCUCUGAGGGCAUUCUCAUUGGCUAUUGUCCACAGCAAGAUGCCCUGGAUGAACUUCUAACGGGUUGGGAGCAUCUUUAUUAUUACUGCACACUGCGUGGAAUUCCAAAGCAGCAUAUCCCACAGGUUGCAGAGGACCUUGUUAACCGGUUACACCUCAAUGCCCAUGCUGACAAACUGGUGAGAACAUACAGUGCUGGCACAAAGAGGAAGCUCUCUACUGCUGUGGCGUUAGUUGGUAAACCCCAAAUACUUUUACUGGAUGAGCCCAGCUCUGGGAUGGAUCCCUGCUCUAAACGCCACCUUUGGAAAACCAUCCUGAAGGAAGUUCAGGAUGGCUGUGCAGCUGUGCUGACAUCGCACAGUAUGGAAGAAUGUGAAGCUCUCUGCACACGGCUUGCUAUUAUGGUCAAUGGAAGUUUCAAGUGUCUUGGUUCUCCCCAGCAUAUUAAAAACAGGUUUGGAGAUGGUUAUUCAGUCAAGGUUUGGCUUAGCAAAGAAACAAGCUAUCGAAGAAUUAUUUUGGACUGCCUACAACUGCACUUUCCUGGAACACAGUUUAAGGGACAACAUCUCAAUCUGCUUGAGUACCACGUACCACGAAGUCAGGGAUGUUUAGCAGAGCUCUUCAGAGUCCUAGAGAAUCACAAAGUUUUUCUCCAAAUCAAACACUAUUCCAUUAGCCAAACCACAUUAGAGCAGGUAUUCAUUAAUUUUGCUACACAGCAGCAAGGAGUCUCACAUUCUUCACCAGGAUCUCCUGUUGAGCAUCAUGACCACCUUGCACUCUAGGCUCAGAACAGGAUAAAGCUUCAGCAGCACAUAUAUGUGUGUGUAUGUUUGCAUGUACAUAUACACACAAGUUACAUGCAAUAAUUUUUCAGCUGUGAGCAAUUUGUGUAUGAGAAACAAAUAAUAGAAGCAGAGGUGAAUUUGCAUUUGAAGGCCAGAAGGAAUGGUACCGGUUCUUGGUUAAACAAGAAACUGGUUAUAUGCAGACCAAAAAUCUGCCAAAAGGUAAAAAUUAACUGGAAUUUUUAAAUAUAAAUGGCCUAAUUAAUGCAGAGGAAAAAAAUGAUCUGAAAUGUCAGUGCAUAGCAGAUUUUUUUUUGUGGUGACUGCAUUGAUUUGGGUACAGUACUCUCUCGCAUGCACAUUUAAUAUCUAAUUUUUACAUGACAAGUCAAGAAAAAAACACUGAAUGAUAGCAGUAGCUAGGCUGUCACCCAAUAUUUGUAUUUAAUAACACAAAUCGAGAGCCUUUUGGCUUCCCUAUUAAUUCAGCUCUGUGUUGUGACAAGCUAAAUUAGCCUUUUUAUUGUAUAAAGGAUGCACUGUAUUCCAUAAGGCUUUAUGUUAAAGAGGUUAUUAGUGUACUAGUCUGCCUCCCAGUUAUCUUAAGUAUAUUUAACAAGUUUCUAUAGAUCAUACUUGACAAUGAGUUUUCCCUUAUGCCUGUGGGUUGCUGCUGAAAGUAUUCUCAAGUAUAUUUUAAUGACCUAUUUUGUUUUUCUCAUUUUUUUUUUCCAAAAAAAAGUCAAAAAGAGAAGAAUGUUUAAUGGGAAUGUUAAAGGAAAUAAGAUAAGCAUUCAGACAUUGAUCAAUAAACUUCUCAAUAAAUAUAUUACGAUGCUGGAUACUUCAGACAAGGGCACAGCCUUCAACCUAUACUUGUGUAAAAGAAGUGAACACUUAAUGCAUAAAAACUCCUUGCAUGUUGUGCUAUAAGAAAAAAAAAUAUAAAAUUUUUUUGGUAGUAAAUGGCUGCCUCAUCCAAACCAAGCCUUUAAGUCUCCUGUGAAGUUAGCUGAUGCCACUUUUAUUGGACUACGCUGUCAAAGAGUUGAAAUUAAAGAACCAGUGACUUAGAAGUUAAUUGCUACAAUACGAUUUUCGGUGGGCAGGGGAGAAGAAAGUGUACUUGGAGAUGGAAGAAUUUGAUUUUAAAUGGCCAGUUUUGCAGUGCUGCUGCUAUAAUUCCCUGCUGUACAAUGAUGAAAUAUUAAAAAACACAUAUUUGUGUUUUAGGCUUUGCAAGCUCACUCAGAUGACUGUUUAUUGAGGUUUGAUUUGUUGCUGUGGUUUUUGCCCAUUAUGCUUUUUAAAGUCAGAAAUUCAUUUUGCCUAU